UAUACCUAUCCGUCUCUCUCUGUCGCAAAAUCGAUAUCAAUCCAUCUUCAUAAUCGGCUAGAAAUUAAUUAACCUAGCGAAUUAAAGAUCUUGGUGGUUUGUUUGGAAUGGCCUCUGGCGACGGAGGAGACGUACCGGGGCUGGCGCCGGACAAAGGGGAGUCGAUACCGCCGGGAAAGCCAAUGUCCGCGGAGCAGCACAUGCUGGACAAAGGGGCGGAGAUGAUACAGUCCCUGAAGCCGGUGAACCAGAUGAACCAGCACGUCUGCACCUUCGCCAUGUACGCCCACGACCUCACUCGCCAGAUCGAGACUCACCAUUUCAUCACCCGGGCUAACCAGGACUUCCUCCAGUGCCCCGUAUACGACAGCGAUGACCGCAAUGGCCACCUCAUCGGGGUUGAAUAUAUGAUAUCGUCUCGGAUCUUCGAGACACUGCCGCCUGAGGAACAGAAGCUCUGGCACUCCCAUGCGUACGAGAUCAAAUCAGGGCUGUGGGUGAAUCCUCGGGUGCCGGAUAUGGUAAUGAAGCCGGAGCUCAAAAAUCUUUCCGACACCUACGGCAAAUUCUGGUGCACCUGGCAGGUUGACAGAGGGGAUAGGCUGCCAUUAGGUCCGCCAGUGCUGAUGAUGUCGCCGCAGACGGGGAUGGUGAGGCCGGAUCUGGUAGAGAGGAGGGAUCUCAAGUACAACAUCUCGACGGAAGCUCUGAGGAAUGCGAGGUUGGAUAUCGAUGGGCCGGAAAGGAUUAACCAGCUGGCCGACUACUGGAAGCACCACGGCAAGGGCUUUGCCAUCCAUGUUGAGCCCACUGAGAUGAAGAAGAGAGCUCCGUUUCCAUGAAUACUACAGAUAUAUAUAUAUA